AUGAGUUCUCCUGGUACCGUUCAUCCACAUCUUUACGCUAAGCAGGCUAGUUAUGAUGACCCUGCGGGAAGGAUUGCAGUGAAGAUCACGGCUAAACUAGGAAACGGAGAGGAUUAUUCACUGUACGCCCAGCAGCCAGACGAUGGGUGGAAAGAGCCAAUGCGGCUGAAUACCGUGUUUGACUGGUUCUCCGGUACAACUCUGGAGCAGACUGCAGCCAAAAACCCACCGAGGAGAUAUAUCUAUAUCAGUCAAAAAGAUUACGAGAAAUAUUUUGCCAGACAACUCUCAACAUUCGUUCGGGGGGGUUCACCGAUGACAGUCUUCCUAAACACAGCUUGUGUUGUGGGAGACCGAGCAGAUAAGAAGGGCAAGACUCAAACGCGGCCAAUCAGCUAG